AUGAAGGUGCUGGGGAAAAGCCACCUGUGGCUGUGGCUCCCGUUCCUUCACCUGCUGGCCAGCGGCGCGGAGCACGACGAAGUGGUGAGACACGCCGUCGAGUUGCAGCGGCGCCGAGGGGCGGCCGUCACCCACGGGGGACAGUGGGUCCUGGGCGGCUGCAGAAAGCUCUCCGGGCUUCUCCGCCAAAAGGCUGUGGUUCUUAACAAACUGAAGAGUGCAGUCAGAGCAGUGGAAAAAGACACCAACCUUUCGGACGAAGAGAAGCUGUUUCAGGUGCACAUGUUUGAAAUUUUCCAGAAAGAGCUGAAUGAAAGUGAAAACUCAGUCUUCCAGGCCGUCCAUGGGCUCCAGAGAGCCCUGCAGGGCGACUACAGGGACGUGGUCAACGUGAAGGAGAGCAGCAGGCAGCGCUUGGAGGCCCUGCGGAAGGCAGCCAUCAAGGAAGAGACGGAAUAUGUGGAACUUCUGGCGGCAGAAAAACAUCAAGCUGAGGCCCUUAAGCACCUGCAGCGUCGAAACCAAAGCUUAUCCGUCCUGGAUGGAAUUCUUGAGGACGUGAGGAGGGCGGCAGACCGUCUGGAGAAGGAGACGGAGGAACGCGCUUUCGAUGACAACAGGUCGGUCAGAGGGGUCAACUUUGAGGCAGUUCUGCGGGUGGAAGAAGACGAGGCCGGCUCCAAGCAGAACCUCACGAACCGGGAGGUCGAGGAGGACCUGGGCCUGAGCAUGCUCAUCGACUCCCAGAAUAACCAGUACAUCCUGACCAAGCCCAGGGACGCCACCAUCCCGCGGGCAGACCCCCACCUCAUAAAGGACAUCGUCACCAUAGGGAUGUUGUCCUUACCAUGUGGCUGGCUCUGUACAACGAUAGGACUGCCAACCAUGUUUGGUUACAUCAUCUGCGGCGUGCUUCUGGGGCCCUCCGGACUCAACAGUAUUAAGUCUGUUGUGCAGGUGGAGACAUUGGGAGAAUUUGGCGUGUUCUUUACUCUCUUCCUCGUUGGCUUAGAAUUUUCCCCAGAGAAGCUGAGAAAGGUGUGGAAGAUCUCCCUGCAGGGGCCCUGCUACAUGACUCUGCUCAUGGUGGCCUUCGGAUUGCUCUGGGGCCACCUUCUACAGAUCAGACCCACCCAGAGCGUCUUUAUCUCCACCUGCCUCUCCUUGUCGAGCACACCCCUGGUGUCCAAGUUCCUUGUGGGCAGCGCUCGCAGUGACAAGGAAGGCGACAUUGACUACGGUGCGGUGCUGCUGGGGAUGCUGGUGACGCAGGACGUGCAGCUGGGACUAUUCAUGGCUGUCCUGCCCACGCUCAUCCAGGCGGGAGCCGGCGCCCACGCCAGCGUCGCCAUGGAGAUCCUGCGCGUCCUGGGCCUGGUAGGGCAGGUCCUCUUCUCGCUUGCUGCGGUUCUCCUCUUCUGUCUUGUCGUGAGGACCUACCUCGUGGGACCGUACUGCCGGAGGCUGCACGCGGAGAGCAAGGGGAACAAGGAGGUCCUCAUCCUUGGAGUCUCCGCUUUCACCUUCCUCAUGCUGACGGUCACCGAGCUCCUGGACGUGUCUAUGGAGCUGGGCUGCUUCCUGGCCGGAGCCCUGGUGUCCUCCCAGGGCCAUGUGGUCGCUGAGGAGGUCGUGUCCUGCAUGGAGCCCGUCCGCGACUUCCUGGCCAUCGUGUUCUUCGCGUCCAUAGGCCUUCACGUGUUCCCCACCUUCGUGCUGCGCGAGCUCGCCGUGCUGCUGGCCCUCACGCUCUCGGUGGUGGCCAUGAAGUUCGCCCUGGCAGCCCUGGUCCUGUCUCUGCUGCUGCCCAACCCCAGCCAGUACAUCAAGUGGAUCGUGGCCGCGGGGCUGGCCCAGGUCAGCGAGUUCUCUCUGGUCCUGGGGAGCCGGGCACGCAGAGCACGUGUCAUCUCUCGGGAGGUGUACCUCCUCAUCCUGAGUGUGACCACGCUCAGCCUCCUCCUGGCCCCGCUGCUUUGGCGAGCGGCCGUUGCUAGGUGUGCACCGCGGCCCGAGAGAAGGUCCAGCCUCUGA